AUGGCGUGGUUGACCCACCCACUUGACGAGCUAUACAAAUCGCCGUCUUGCCCUCCUGCCAUCACCGUAUUUGGUAGCGGCGCGAGUUUUGCUGGGACCUCUAUGAUGGCAGGAGUUAUUGGGUCUCUAGAAGGGCUCAGCGCUCAAGCAAGCGUCGUAGCGCUAGGCGAAGGCACCGCCAUCGCGACAGGCCUUAUUGGCAGUGGUGGUAGCAGUGCCACUGGCUUCGCCCUUGCCUCGAUGCUAGGACCACUGGGCUGCGCCAUUGUGGGGUGCGACAAGAACGAGAGUGCUGGUGGCGAUGGUGUCUAUACUUGGGAUUGCUGGAAACCGAUCUUGCGGGAAUUUUCUAUGCAGCCAUCGCGUGGUAUGCCAGUUCACCGCUUGGUUUCGCAUCCGAACGUGCAGUCCGUGUCUCCAUAUCGCAACGGGCUCAUUGUUGAGAAUGUAUUCGGGGAGCGCUUCCGCCUGGAUCCCGUCAGUGUCCAAGGAACACUGGCUUUUCAUGCCUCGAUUCUUUCUAGUUAG